CUCAUGCUGGCUGCUUGCUAUAGUAACAGGGUUCAUGCUUCUUGUCUCUUACAUCUAAGAGGAAAAGCUUCUCUGUAUUACUGGUUCCCAGGAUCUCAGAGGAUACUAUAUGCACAGAAGUCUGUGUAAGCCAUCCUUAUGCCCAGAGAAGCGGGAUCUGUGUACAGGUACUGAAUCGGAAGGAAACGCUCAGUCCUCUCUAGAAGCAUGAAUUCAGAGACUUCAGCAGGCCCAAUGGCUUAUAUUGUGAUGGAGGCGGCACCCCAACAUACACAUUCUGUAAACCUGAGGAGCACAUCUCAAGUGCUCCAGUAUGCAUUCAACCAGGCACAAGUCCUAACUUCUGGAAACCAAUGUGGGCGUGUGAAUGUUCAACCAGCCCAGAGAACCUUUAAAGAGGGCAAAACCUUAGGGGCCCUCCAGAUCCUGAUUGGGCUGAUAUACAUUGGCCUCGGGAUCAUCAUGGGGACCAUGCUGCCUGGGUACUAUAUAUGUGUCUCAUUCUACGGAGGCGUUCCCUUCUGGGGUGGUAUCUCGUUCAUCAUUUCAGGAUCCCUCUCAGUGGCAUCAGAACAGCAGCCAAAAUCUCCUUGCCUGCUGAAGGGCAGCUUGGGCAUGAACAUCCUCAGUGUGAUCUUUUCUGUGGUGGGAAUCUGUCUCUUUGUCACAGAUAUCUGUAUCAACCCACAUAGUUUCUACUACAAUUUGGAAGUGUUCUCAUUUCAGAUCGCUGGCAGUGCUACUUCUGGUGUGCAGGUCAUCUUCAGCCUCCUGGAGCUCUGCAUUGCCUCCACAUGUGUCCACUUUGGCUGCCAACUGGUCUCUAAUGGGACUGUGGUCUACCAAACUGUCUACGUGGCAAACCCAGCAACCAAUCCAGAACCAGUGAACUUACCACCUGCUUAUUCCCAUGUGGUGCAGGACUCCCAAUUAAGCUAAAGGUUCCAGAAGAAUAGUUCACUGGCACCAAAAGAAGACUUGCCAUUUCUGGGCUUCUGAAAGUCAGCUCCUUCCUUCCCUGUCAAACUAAGGAACAUGUCUCUCCAACUGUAGGCACUCUGUACUUCAUUUUCUUCAGCCUUGUAAUUUGUGCUGUGUCUCUAUUAAGAAGGAAAUGGGGACUUCUAGUAGAUUUUAGCAAAGGGGUUCUCCCUAGGGCAGUCACUUGUGGGGACGUUGUGUCACGUAUUCAUGUGCCCCCCUGCGUGGGCUUAGGAGUUAGAGGAAUA